CGCCCCGUAGGCCCUAGCGCGCCGCACCGCUCCUCCGCCGGAUCGUCUGUGGGUGAGUCUCGAGCCAGGAGGCUCUGAGCCAGUGGCGAUUGGCUGACGCGGUGGCUGCGCACUCGGCCUGAGAAACUCGGCGAGCGGCCCGGUGUCGACUCCCCGGGCUAUGCCAGGCGCAUCUCAGCUAAUCCAAAAGUAAAUGAGAAACUUAGAAAAAGAUUGCCAACUCCAAAUCAACAUAUUUAGAGAAAAUUGGAAAAGGAGAAGCUUACUACAGCUUUAUUUGAGGACUUUUUAAAGAACGCAGGGUUCUGUGAGCUGCAAAUCUUGGAGCAAAAACCAGAGACAUUGCCAGAGCAAACAAGAACAGAAAUACAAAUGGAGAACUGGUCAAAAGACAUAACCCACAGUUAUCUUGAACAAGAAACUACAGGGAUAAAUAAAAGUACACAGCCAGAUGAGCAACUGACUAUGAAUUCUGAGAAAAGUAUGCAUCGGAAAUCCACUGAAUUAGUUAAUGAAAUAACAUAUGAGAACACAGAAUGGCCAGGGCAGAGAUCAACGAAUUUUCAGAUCAUCAGUUCUUAUCCAGAUAAUGAGUCUGUUUACUGCACUACUGAAAAAUACAACAUUAUGGAAGAUAGACAUAAUGAUAUGCAUUAUGAAUGUAUGACUCCUUGUCAAGUUACUUCAGACUCAGAUAAAGAGAAGACAAUAGCAUUUCUUCUAAAAGAAUUGGAUAUUCUCAGAACAAGCAAUAAAAAGCUUCAGCAGAAAUUGGCUAAAGAAGAUAAAGAACAGAGAAAACUAAAGUUUAAGCUGGAACUCCAAGAGAAAGAAACAGAAGCUAAAAUUGCUGAAAAGACAGCAGCUCUGGUUGAAGAAGUGUAUUUUGCGCAGAAGGAACGUGAUGAAGCUGUUAUGUCUAGACUGCAAUUAGCCAUUGAGGAGAGAGAUGAAGCAAUUGCACGAGCCAAGCAUAUGGAAAUGUCUCUAAAAGUGCUAGAAAAUAUUAACCCUGAAGAAAAUGACAUGACAUUACAGGAAUUACUGAACAGAAUAAACAAUGCAGACACAGGGAUAGCUAUUCAGAAGAAUGGAGCUAUAAUUGUGGAUAGAAUCUACAAGACCAAGGAAUGUAAAAUGAGAAUAACUGCAGAAGAAAUGAGUGCACUAAUAGAAGAACGGGAUGCUGCCUUGUCUAAGUGCAAACGGUUAGAGCAGGAGCUUCAUCAUCUGAAAGAGCAGAACCAGACUUCAGCAAACAACAUGAGACAUCUGACUGCUGAAAACAAUCAAGAACGUGCUCUGAAGGCAAAGUUGUUAUCUAUGCAACAAGCCAGAGAAACUGCAGUUCAACAGUACAAAAAACUGGAAGAGGAAAUCCAAACCCUUCGAGUUUACUACAGGUUUGUAUGUGAGAAAGAGAAAAAAGAUUGUGUGUUGGGUUAUGGGUAAAACACAUAUUCCUACAGUGGAUCAUGGUAGAAAACAUUGAAAAAACACACCGAUGCACAAUGCCAUGUAAAUUCUUUCAUUACUAAGUUUUAAAAAUUCUCAAGUCUGAAAUGUAGGAAUUCACUAAGGGGACUGUUAAGUUUUUGAAAGAUUUUUGUUUUAAUUUGGACCUUUUCUCAGAAUAAAGUUAAAAUGCAGAAAAUGCAAUUAAAUCAAAAUAAGUUUUACUGAAGUACAAUUAAGAAAAUAUUAUGUCAUGAUAUAUCAUGAUAUACAUACAUCAUUAUUAAUGGAUAAAAUAACUAGAUCUAGCAGCAAGUCCAUUAACAACUUUAAUUUCAAGCCAGUGAUGACUGUAAGUGGUAUUUUUGGAUAACUGCAAAUGCUGAAAUGUGACAUGAAAAUACCAGUGAUUUCUAUGGGUGCAAACUCUCAAGAACCACUGAUAUUACUACUGCAAUUUGUUGCUCAUGUUCAUAAUUGUAGGAAAUACUGUAGUUCCGUGAGAGUUGGUGAAAAUAAAGAUAUAAUUCUUUCCCAUCCCCAAGUUAAGCACUCCUGGUUUGGAGCAAUAUUACUAACAUCUGCAGUAGUUGGCUAUUGUUACGGGUUGAAUUAUGCCCCCCAAAAAGGUUAUACUGAUGUCCUAACCCCUGCUAUCUGAGAAUGUGAUUUUAUUUUGAAAUAGGGUUUGUACAGAGGUAAUCAAAUUAAAAUAAAGUCAGUAGGGUGGGCUCUAAUCCACUACUACUGGUGUCCCCAUAAAAAGGGAAAUUUUGGACACAGAGACAGACAUGCACAGAGGGAAGACAAUCUGAAGACACACAGGGAGAAGACUGUCAUGUAUCUACAAGCCAAGGAGUGCCAACAAUUGCUGGCAAACACCAAACACUAGAAGAGGCAAGGAAGGACUCUCCUUUACAGUUGUCAGAAAGAACAUUGCCCAGCCGACACCUGAUUCCAGACUUCUAUAGUUUCCAGAACUAUGUGAUAUUAAAUAUCUGUUGUUUUAAGCCACACAGUUUGUGGUACUUUGUUAUGGCUGUCCUUGGAAACUAAUGCAGUUAUCAAACAUCAAGUAUGUUUGGUUGGUCACUGACUGUUGGGAAUCAUUUGCUUUUGCAAUUAGAAUUAGUGUCUAUAAGUGGGCAUACAGGUAAGGAAAACCCUGAUGGUGAAUGAAUACAUCCUACCAACCUACUUUAUUUUGGACUAUAAAAUGAAUAUUAUACUCAUUCCUCUGUCUUUUACACCAAUGACUCUCAACUGUAGCUGCCAUUAGAAUAACCUGAUGGCCUCUAAAAAUUCUGACGCUUAGCCCACCCCAUGCUGAUUACAUCAGUGUGUUUUUAAAGCUCUCUAGAAAAUUCCUUUAUGCAGCCAAGUUUGAGAGCUGAUGUUCUAUAUGCAUAUUUCAGUUAGCUGCAUUAAAUUAGGGUCUCUUCUUGGUAAAGUAAUAAAGAGGCAGAUAUUAAACCAAUUAUGAACACAUGAAUGCCAUGUGGUUUGUGCCCUGACCAUGGACAUUGCAGUCUGGUAAUUAGCAGAUUCACCUUAUUGAUGGGGAAGGUUUUUAUGGAACAUUCUCCAGUAACAUUUAUGGGACAGGACAGUAGGUACUCUGUUGAUGAAGUGACAGUGUCAGAGAAUUCCAAGAGGUAUAUGAUAAUGUUGCAUGAACUGACAUUACUUCCUAACAAACAAACCUUGAUGCCAGUUCCUGAAGCUCCUCUGCUGAAUUGUGGAAGAUGAUUGAAUCAUUUUUGAAAAUCAUAAAGCUAAAAUUCUUGUUUUUCAAAUACUCUUUAAAAUCUACAUAAGUCUGGUAGGAUUAUAUGAUCUCUUCUAAAUAGAGGUUAGUAAUUAUUGGUUCAAAGAUAUGCUUCACAACUACUUUUCUCACUGCUACUUAAAAAAAAUUUCUGGUGAUGUAAUAAAGCCACUGGGAUUUGCAAUUAGACAGCCGUGCCAUGUGUGGUCGUGUAUAAAUGAACCUCACCAAGCUCCUCUCCUUUCUUUAAAAUGAGAGUAAUAGUACCUACUUAUAGGGUUAUUUUAAGUAUAUUCAGUUCUUAGCACAGUGUUUGGUUUAUUGUUAUUGAUCAACCAAUGUCAAGAUAUAUUUCUUUUUAAAACAAAAGAUCAUUGAGGUAGGAGUAGAACCAAAAAAUAUAUCACUGAAACCAAAGAAGAUUUCCCAUAGAAAAAAAGAAUCAAAUGUUACUAAGUGGUUAACUAUGAUAAGGACCAAAGGUAUCCUUUACAUUGGAAAUUCAGUGGCCAUUAGUGACUUCCACAGAGUAGUUUAGUCAAUAGAGUAUUAGAUAUAGACAUCAGUUUUCUGUGAAUUGAAGAGUAAUUAGGAGGUAAAGAAGCAUAGCAAUUUGGUCAAUAGAGCAGUCCUUGAAGAAACUUGAGUAAGAAAGGUGGUAAUGAUAAUUGAGAAGAGAGGAAACGUAGGUUAAGGAUUUUUGUUUUUGAAAAAUAGCAAAUACUUGAGUAUAUUUAUGGCUAAUUUGAGGAAGCCAAAAUAAAGAAUUCUUAUAGAGCAGGAUUCCAGAGGAGGUAGGAAGGGAUGGAAUUUAGAGUAUCUGCAGAAAAGUUCACCUUGAACAAAAAGCUGGCCAAAUUGUGAUCAGAGACAGGAGUAAAGGAGUUAAGAAUAGCUGUAUUUGUAAAUUUGAGGCCACAAUUAGUAUUAACUGCACCCCCACCCCCUGCAUAAAGUAGGGGUCAGUGUUGGCUUCUGAACAUGAGAGGGUGGGCAGAUCACCUGAGGUCAGGAGUUCAAGACCACCCUAGCCAACAUGACGAAACCCUGUCUCUACUAAAAAUACAAAAAAUUAGCCAGGUGUAGUGGCGGACGCCUGUAAUCCCAGCUACUCAGGAGGCUGAGGCAGGAGAUCAUCACUUGAACCUGGGAGGUGGAGGUUGCAGUGAGCCAAGAUUGCACCGUUGUACUCCAGCCUGGGCAACAAGAGUGAAACUCUGUCUCAAAAUACACGCACACACAUAUAUAUAUGUGUGUGUGUGUAUAUAUAUAUACACACACACAAAUAUGUAUAAUUCAAGAGCUGAAGAGACAGGAGAUUGAAGUCGAAAAGUGGAAUGUUACUAUUUAAGUGAAAUGCUUAAAUGAAGUGAAGCACUCAGUUCUAAGCAUGACCCAAAAACAAAUAAAUCGUACAUGUUGAAUGAAGAUAUAUCAUUCAGAAGAGACCUGCACAAUGUGUAAUGCAUGGAAGAAUGUUUGGUGUCCACUCAAAAAUUUAAGGGAAGUUGCAUCUUCCAGGGAGAUUCCAUGUUUCUCCUAAAACAAAAAGAUACAGAGAACUUUCCUGCAUCGCUGAUGGGAAUGUAAAUUGAUGCAGUCACUGUGGCAGACAAUUUGGUGGUUCCUGAAAAGUCAAACAUAGAAUUACCAUAUGAUCUAGCAAGCCCACUCCUAGGUAUAUACCCAAAAGAAUUGAAAGUAAGGACAAGCAGUUACUGUACACCAAUGUUUAUGAAAGCAUUGUUCAUAUUAACCAAAAGGUGGAAACCACCCAAGUAUCCCUCAGCAGAUGAAUAAACAAAAUGUGGUAUAUACAGAGAAUGGAAUAUUAUCCAACUAUUCAUUAUUCAAAAACAAAUGAAAUUCUGAUACAUUCUGCAACAUGGACAAACCUAAAGACAUUAUGCUAAGUGAAAUAAACCAGAUAAGAAAGAAAGAUUGUAUGAUUCCACUUAUAUGAGUUACUUAAAAUAGCCAAGUUCAUAGAGACAGAAAAUAAAAUAGAGGUUACCCAGAGUUGGAGAAAGGGAAUAGGGAGUUAUAAGAAUGGGAAAUUAUAUGAUUUACACAGAGUGGGAUGAUGAAAAGUUGUGGAAAUGAAUAAUGGUGAUAAUUGUACAAUAUUGUCAGUGUACUUACUGCCAGUAAGUUGUACAGUUAAAAUGAUUAAAAUAGUAAAUUUUAUGUUGUCAUUUUACCACACAUUUUUCUAAAGAUACAGAGAACACUCUGUGAGGAUAUACAGAAAUUUAUUUUAAAUGGGAUUAGUAUAAGAUUCCUGGGAUGUACAACUCUAGGACGGGGGAGGAAAUUACCGAAAAACCAAGCUUAAGUUUCCUGCAAGCUCAAAGUCUACUUUAAUUUCAUUUAAAUGAAAGUAAACAGUAUUUCUUACACACCUGGUAAAUGGUGCUCACAAAUCUGUAUGUGAAACACAGCUAAUUCAUAGAAAUAUUAGGUUUUUCUACCAAUUUUCCUAUGUUAUAGAGGAAAUGAAAAGGUUCCAUUUUAUGUGAAGGAACCUAAAACUAACUCUAAUUUUCAGAUAGAUUAAAUGGAUAGAUAGAACUCAUAGAUAAUGGAUUAUGUUUGGCAAGCAAUACUUAACAGCUAUCCAAAUCAGUUUACACUUACAUAUACAUUUAUACAUGUAUAUUGUCAUAUUAGAGAAAGUUGUUUACCAAUAUUUAAGAAAAAAUAAGGCUAGGAAAAUAUAGGAUUAGGACAGGUAGCUAAGCCAGGAGCAAGUGAGAAUACAGCCGGCAUGUAUACUGUGAAGCAGCAAAAGAGAAAACUUCAAGUCUGACUCUCAACUCUCCAACAGCCAAAACAGUAGAGGAUGUAUGAUCAGCUCUUUGUUUUAGGGGCAGAUUAAAAUAUGAUGAUGGCUUUCAUUCUGCCUUUCCUUUGAUUUUACUAAUUAGUGGCCGGGCAUGGUGGCUCACGCCUGUAAUCCCAGCACUUUGGGAGGCCAGCGGAUCACUUGAGUCCAGGAGUUCAAGACCAGCCUGGGCAACAUGACCAAACCCCAUCUCUAUAAAAAAUAUAAAAUUUAGCAAGGCAUGGCAUGUGUCUGUAAUCCCAGCUACUCAGGAGGCUGAGGUGGGAGGAUCACUUGAGCCCAAGAGGCAGAAGUUGCCGUGAGUGGAGAUCACACCAGUGUACUCCAGCCUGGGAAACAGAGUGAGAUUCUGUCUCCCCAGUUUUUUUCUUCUUUACUAAUUAGUGAUACUGGCCUCUUUUUUUUUAAAAAAAAAAAAAAGGGGUUUUUUCAAAAAUCUUUUUUUUUUUUUUUUCUGGUUUAGUGUAAGAGCUACUGCUGGUAAAAACAUUCCAUUCCCUUGUAUGGAAAUAAGGAAAAUGGAAAUAUGGAAAUACAGAUUUUGAGUUUCUUUAUUCUGUUUGUUUCCUUUGAGUUGUAGAAUAUUUUGAGUGCUAAGAAAAUGAAGCAUUGGCCUUUUGUUUCUUUUGGCAGUUAGGAGCAGUGGCCAGUGAGAUGCAGGGUAGAGAUAUUAAACUUACCACUGUAGCUGAUAGCUCUUUGCAUUAAAACAGAAAAGAUAGCAGGAGAGGACUAACAAUAUCAAGAUUUAAAAUAAAUUCCACAUAUUAUAAAAGUGCUAUUAGUAAAUAUUAGUACCUCCUGAUUGCUAUAGCAAACGCUAAAUUCAUUUGCAACACUUUCGUUAAUCUAAAUCUAGACAGUUUCAUCAAGAAAGAAUCUUAAACUUGUAGGGAUUAUUUUUGUAUUUAGUAAUGAUUUUUUUCCUGUUGUUAUAAACCUGUAGUGCUGCAUUCCUAAGUUCAGGAGGCAUAAUAAUAACAAACUCUUUUCUAAUUGAGGGAAUGCCUGUUUCAAUGUUUGCUGAUUUUAUAGUGCUUCCUUAUAUUUCCUUUCACUUAAAGAAAGUGUAAAUUAAAGUGUUUAGACAAGAAUUAGACCUUGUUAUUUGGUGCCAGUAGUAUAGGAUGUAUUAUACAUAUUAUAAUUAACAACAGUCAGUGUGUUUUAAAUUUUUGUUAUAUUUUGUGUGAUUCCAUGUGUGAAUUUGUAAUGCCAUUCAGAAUAUGGUAAAUUUGACAUUUUAGAACAAAAAUGUUGAAGAGAAUGCUUCAUUUUUUAGGGUAAUUUGUUUCCUAUGAUUGAACUAGUAUUUUUUGAUAAUAAUUAUAUGAAAUACUUAUGUGUUUAACAUAGUGAAAAGUGGGAUAAACAUGAACCCUACUUACUGGGUUUGUAGUAUACAUUUAAAAGUCAUAGAAACCAUAAAGACAGAGGCCAGAUGAAAUAUACACAAAAAGAAAGUAAAAUUCUUUAUUUUUUUCUAUAUUACUUUAGUAAAUUUUAUUCAGUAUGGGUCCUUUUCUCUUUAUAUACUUUUUUUGGUCUGUGUAUAUACUAUCCUUAACAAUCAGAAAUACUGCUGACUGUCACUAGAAUCCAUGGGGUUUUUUGUUUUGUUUUGUUUUAAUGGUAGUGAUAGUUUUUUAUUGAACCAUAUGCUUUCUUGGUCAGAACUAUGAGUUGAUAAGACAAGUCACUGGUGAUUAUAGCAUGCAAACUAUAGCCGUGAAGCAGUAUUUUUCUCAAUGCAAAUCCCUCAUCAAGAGUGGGGUUGAACACUUGAUCCUGACCUCAUUAGAUGUAUAUUCUAAUCAGUGGUGUCAAUUGGCCUACCCAGUGACGUAAAUUUUUGUCACACCUCUGUUUUCUCUAAUAAUUAACUAUCUACGGAGCUACAUUAUGGUACCAUACUGCAACAGCUAUGAUUAAAAAGAACACAACAAGACUUGAAUUACACUUCCAUCUUUGGCAUUAAUCAGAUUUUUUUUGGAUUAGUGUAGACAAGUUUCAAGUUUGCUUGAUUUCAGUUUCUUUAAUUUUGACGUGAAAAGCUUUUUCUAUUUCUCACAUUUUAUUAAAUUUGUUACCCCUUUAUAUGAGGUAGAUUGAAUUUUUAUUUAGUAACAUUUAGAGUCAAACAGUCUUUUUAUGCCAUUAAGUUGUAUCUAUUUUCAGGGCCUUUAAAUUUAAAACUUUACAGCUGGCUUCACUGUUCAAGUCACUAUAUAUUUAUUUAUUGGUGACUCUGGAAUGUAAAACAAAAAGAAAAUUAAAAGUUUAAAAAAAAAAAAACUUAAAGUAUACAUUUUCUAUAUGUCCAGUGAUUUCGACUAUAUUUAUUAAGCAUUCCUCUCUUCUUUCACUCAACUUAUAGAAUAUGGCAUUUACUAAGUUACUUAACUUCUGAAUGUCGAUUGCCUCACCUGUAAACAGCAAUAAUAUCUAACCUGCUUAAUAUGAAAAUCAGUGAGAUGAUAUAUCUGAAUGUUUUUGAAAACUGUAAAGCACUGUGCAAAGGAAAUAUAUUAAUAAAUGUAAUUUAUAAAAUCACUUACAAAUGUUUGCUGUCUUGAGACAUAAGACAAUUAAAUUAGUAAAGAGGCUAUUGCUACUGAAGUAAAUUCAUAUCUUCUAUAGCUUUCUAUCCAGAAGGACGUUUUUAAGCAUUAUCAGUUUUCACAAUUUUCUGCGCCUUGUUCAACACACUAAGUUAUAAGAAAAAAACUAAAUUUCAACAUGUAUAGCUCUCAACUGCUAAUUGUUAUUCUACAAAGUGACUCAACCUCCUUUUAAGAGCAUUUAACAAAAUAUUUUGUCACGGGGGAGGAGCCAAGAUGGCCGAAUAGGAACAGCUCCAGUCUACAGCUCCCAGCGUGAGCCACGCAGAAGACGGGUGAUUUCUGCAUUUCCAUCUGAGGUACCGUGUUCAUCUCACUAGGGAGUGCCAGACAGUGGGCGCAGGUCAGUGGGUGAGCGCACCGUGUGCCAGCCGAAGCAGGGGCGAGGCAUUGCCUCACUCGGGAAGCACAAGGGGUCAGAGAGUUCCCUUUCCAGGGGUGACAGACGGCACCUGGAAAAUCGGGCCACUCCCACCCGAGUACUGUGCUUUUCCGACGGGCUUAGGAAACGGUGCACCAGGAGAUUAUAGCCCGCAACCGGCUCAGAGGGUCCUACGCCCACGGAGUCUCGCUGAUUACUAGCACAGCAGUCUGAGAUCAAACAGCAAGGCGGCAGCGAGGCUGGGGGAGGGGCGCCCACCAUUGCCCGGGCUCGCUUAGGUAAACAAAGCAGCCAGGAAGCUUUAACUGGGUGGAGCCCACCACAGCUCAAGGAGGCCUGCCUGCCUCUGUAGGCUCCACCUCUGGGGGCAGGGCACAGACAAACAAAAAGACAGCAGUAACCUCUGCAGACUUAAAUUUCCCUGUCUGACAGCUUUGAGGAGAGCAGUGGUUCUCCCAGCACGCAGCUGGAGAUCUGAGAACGGGCAGACUGCCUCCUCAAGUGGGUCCCUGACCCCUGACCCCCGAGCAGCCUAAUUGGGAGGCACCCCCCAGCAGGGGCAGACUGACACCUCACACGGCCAGCCGGGUACUCCAACAGACCUGCAGCUGAGGGUCCUGUCUGUUAGAAGGAAAACGAACAGAAAGGACAUCCACACCAAAAACCCAUCUGUACAUCACCAUCAUCAAAGACCAAAAGUAGAUAAAACCACAAAGAUGGGGAAAAAACAGAGCAGAAAAACUGGAAACUCUAAAAAGCAGAGUGCCUCUCCUCCAAAGGAACACAGUUCCUCACCAGCAACGGAGCAAAGCUGGACGGAGAAUGACUUUGACGAGCUGAGAGAAGAAGGCUUCAGACGAUCAAAUUACUCCGAGCUACGGGAGGAUAUUCAAACCAAAGGCAAAGAAGUUGAAAACUUUGAAAAAAAUUUAGAAGAAUGUAUAACUAGAAUAACCAAUACAGAGAAGUGCUUAAAGGAGCUGAUGGAGCUGAAAACCAAGGCUCGAGAACUACGUGAAGAAUGCAGAAGCCUCAGGAGCCGAUGCAAUCAAAUGGAAGAAAGGGUAUCAGCCAUGGAAGAUGAAAUGAAUGAAAUGAAGCGAGAAGGGAAGUUUAGAGAAAAAAGAAUAAAAAGAAACGAGCAAAGCCUCCAAGAAAUAUGGGACUAUGUGAAAAGACCAAAUCUACGUCUGAUUGGUGUACCUGAAAGUGACGGGGCGAAUGGAACCAAUUUGGAAAACACUCUGCAGGAUAUUAUCCAGGAGAACUUCCCCAAUCUAGCAAGGCAGGCCAACAUUCAGAUUCAGGAAAUACAGAGAACGCCACAAAGAUACUCCUCGAGAAGAGCAACUCCAAGACACAUAAUUGUCAGAUUCACCAAAGUUGAAAUGAAGGAAAAAAUGUUAAGGGCAACCAGAGAGAAAGGUCGGGUUACCCUCAAAGGGAAGCCCAUCAGACUAACAGCAGAUCUCUCGGCAGAAACCCUUCAAGCCAGAAGAGAGUGGAGGCCAAUAUUCAACAUUCUUAAAGAAAAGAAUUUUCAACCCAGAAUUUCAUAUCCAGCCAAACUAAGCUUCAUAAGUGAAGGAGAAAUAAAAUACUUUACAGACAAGCAAAUGCUGAGAGAUUUUGUCGCCACCAGACCUGUCCCAAAAGAGCUCCUGAAGGAAGCACUAAACAUGGAAAGGCACAACCAGUACCAGCCACUGCAAAAUCAUGCCAAAAUGUAAAGACCAUCGAGACUGGGAAGAGACUGCAUCAACUAACGAGCAAAAUAACCAGCUAACAUCAUAAUGACAGGAUCAGAUUCACACAUAACAAUAUUAACUUUAAAUGUAAAUGGACUAAAUGCUCCAAUUAAAAGACACAGACUGGCAAAUUGGAUAAAGACUCAAGACCCAUCAGUGUGCUGUAUUCAGGAAAGCCAUCUCACGUGCAGAGACACACAUAGGCUCAAAAUAAAAGGAUGGAGGAAGAUCUAACAGGCAAAUGGAAAACAAAAAAAGGCAGGGGUUGCAAUCCUAGUCUCUGAUAAAACAGACUUUAAACCAACAAAGAUCAAAAGAGACAAAGAAGGCCAUUACAUAAUGGUAAAGGGAUUAAUUCAACAAGAAGAGCUAACUAUCCUAAAUAUAUAUGCACCCAAUACAGGAGCACCCAGAUUCAUAAAGCAAGUCCUGAGUGACCUACAAAGAGACUUAGACUCCCACACAUUAAUAAUGGGAGACUUUAACACCCCACUGUCAACAUUAGACAGAUCAACGAGACAGAAAGUCAACAAGGAUACCCAGGAAUUGAACUCAGCUCUGCACCAAGCGGACCUAAUAGACAUCUACAGAACUCUCCACCGCAAAUCAACAGAAUAUACAUUUUUUUCAGCACCACACCACACCUAUUCCAAAAUUGACCACAUACUUGGAAGUAAAGCUCUCCUCAAUAAAUGUAAAAGAACAGAAA